AUGGAACAAAAAAUUAAUUUACAAUAUUUUAUUAAAAUUGUUACAUUCAUCUUUUUAACUCGGAUAAAUUAUUUUUACACUGAUGUGAAUAUUAUAUACAAAAAUUAUCGAACUCUAGCAAACUAUGGAGAUGAAAUAUAUUCUAGUAUUAGUGGAUCAGAGAAAAGGAUACCAUAUUGUGUUAAAAAAAAGAAUGAAAGGAGGUUUAUCAUUAAUAAUGAAAAAUGGAACAAAAAAAAAAGUGAACAUUCAUAUAAGAGCUCUUUAAUUAAUAAACUAGGAACUAAGAAACCUAUAAAUAUAAUAAGAUAUUUAAUACAACACAUUAGUUUUCUGAAUGCGCUUGAUAAAAUGUGCUUUUUGAAAAAGAUCAGGAUAACUAAUGAUGAUACUUACAGAAAAUUAAAACGUAAAAAAUAUGGAUUACGAUUUUCUUUACUUUUAAUAUUUUCUUGUCCCAUAUUAGAUUUAUCAUUCACGUAUUUGGUAGAUAAGAAAGGGUUAUUGGGAAUUUUAGGGCUGUUAUCGGUAAAUGUGACUCAGGAAGUAGUGGGGGGGGGUGGAUUGAAAGAGGUAAGGUAUUCAUGGUUAAAUCUAGGAAACAUCACAUCACUACAAUAGUAACAACAACAACUAUUCUAUUUACUGUAUGCCUUUCUCGUAUCAGGUGUCACACUUAUAUUAGCGAUUAUUUAUUACUAUAAAAAUGUUAUAAAACAUAAAAAAAUUAAAUAUAUGAAAGUGUUUAAUUAA